AUGUCCGACAAAUUCCAACGCGCCCUCUCGGCCAUCGACGAGGCACACUCCCAGGACCCAAACCUGACAACCAUCACCGAACAGAAUGAAUCAGAAACCAAGUCAAUCCCUUACGAACUUCACUACGCACAAAAAAUGACCUCCUACCUCGAAUCCUACAACUCAUCCGCCUCGGAACCGCUACGUCUCGCGAUCCGUGCUCAACAUCUACGGCGCUGGGAGGUACCCCGCUCAUCGUAUCCGGCCACGAAAGCAGGGUAUUUGAAUUGGCGCACUUUCCUGAAGAAUCGUCAGGCCGAGCAGGCGCGACAGAUAUGUCUUGAUGCGGGUUACUCGGACGAUGAGGCUGGUCGGGUUGCCGCGCUGGUCAGGAAGGAGGGAUUGAAACGGAAAACUGCAACGACGGCGGGUGAAACUGCCGAGACUGAAGAAGAUGAAACGCAGGUUUUGGAGGAUGUGGCUUGUUUGGUGUUUCUGGACGAUCAGUUUGCUGCUUUUGAGAAGGGGUUGGAUGAGGAGAAGAUACUGGGUAUUCUGAGGAAGACUUGGGCUAAGAUGUCGGAGAAGGGACGUCGGAUGGCGCUUGAGAUUCAGAUGAGUGAUAGGUGUAGGGAGUUGGUACAGAAGGCGUUGAGCUCCUGA